GGAGGAGGCAGCAGCACCUCCGGCUGGAGCUGUUUAUUUACAUUAUUAUUACGAUCAUUAUUAUCUUUAUACACGUUAUUCACAUUAAUCGAAACGAUAGGUACGCUGGAACAAAACCAACACGCAGAUUUCUAAUGUAAUGAACGCAAGAAAACAGAAUUGUUAGCGAUUUACCGGAUUGACGCCUGCAUCAUUGGCUAAGCGUGAAUCAUCCUUAGCUUAGCUUAACGUUACAACCGGGAUGUCUCGCGUUAAGCUGGAGGCCUAAAACUGUAUUAUUCAGCCGUCUGAUUCUCAGACAACAACAUAUCUGUCUCAUAAUGGAAGAAAUUCUCCGAAAGCUUCAAAAAAACGCGUCUGGGAACAAAUACAAAGCUAUUCGUGAUGGCUGUUGUGUGGCGUGUGAAACCCUGGAGGCUCAAAAUGGAUCAGUUAAGAUGUCAGCAUCUAAGGUCAGGGAGAGAUGUCUCUUCCCACUUAAGCUGGCACUCGAGUCCAAAAACCCAAAGCUGGCUCAGACAGCUCUCACAGGAAUGCAGAAGAUCCUGUGUGAGGAUCGAUUUGUCACUGUGGAGCCAGAAGCACCAGAGAAGCAGCUGUUGUGUCAAAUGCUGGACGCCGUCAACGUGACCCCCAUGCUUCAUGAAGAUCUACAGGUGGAGGUCAUGAAGGUCUUGCUUUGUAUCACAUACUCCUCCAGCUUUGAGUUCAAUUGCCACAACAUCUUGAGGAUCGCAGAGGUGUGUAUCCAGACCUACAUAUCGAGUUGUCAUCAACGCAGCAUCAACACAGCAGUAAGGGCCACACUUAGUCAGAUACUGGGAGACCUCACCCUUCAACUACAGCAAAGACAGGACAACUCAGGUUCGGAUGAGCGGGAGCGAAAGGUGCCUACAAGCAAACGCAAAGAUUUUUCUCCCACCACCGCAGCCCUGUAUGAGGACGUAGUGACUGUUCUCACUGUAUUCUGUGAAAAACUGGAGUCUGUUUCGAGUGAGAACCAGCUGUUGCAGCUGCUGUAUCUAGAGUGCAUUUUAGCAAUGCUCAGCAGCUGCCCUCCCACAAUGCAUCUGAACCGCAACUUCACAGAUCUUGUCUGGAAGCAGCUGUGUCCAGUUCUAGUGGUGAUCACAGGAAACCCUGUGAAUGAUAAGACCAUCACUUCUGCUCACGGAGCCUCGUUACCGGAGUUGGAUGCUGCACUAGGGUCAGGGGUUAGUGAUCAGGGCCGGGGUUCUGGUUGUUCCUCCAGUGCCCCUGCCAUGAUUGGACCGGUGAUCCGCACCAUCUGCUACAUCGCAGCUGAACUUGUGCGAUUAGUGAACUGCAUAGAAUCCAUGAAGCCUGUGCUGCAAUCUGUCUACCACCGCAUCCUGCUCUACCCUCCUCCACAGCACAGACUGGAGGCCAUCAAGAUAAUGAAGGAGAUCCUCGGUAGCCCGCAGCGCUUAUUUGACCUGGCUGGCCCAUGUGUUAUUGAACCCGAGACCAGGAAGAGAUCUUUCUCGAAGAGGAAAUCACAUCUUGACCUUCUUAAGUUGGUGAUGGACGGCAUGACAGAAGCUUGCGUGAAGGGUGGCAUUGAGGCUUGCUUUUCCUCUGUUUCUUGUGCUUGUGCUCUACUGGCUGCCCUUGACGAGCUUAGCCAGGGACGUGGCCUGCAUAUUGACCAGGCACAACUUUUGCUGCGUCGAUUGGAGGACUUGAAAGAAGGGGAAGAGUUGUCCAGGGAAUCAGUGGAGCUGAAUGUGGCCGAGUUCCGUUGGCAGCGACGCGUGCUGUCCUCCGAAAACACCACCUGGGAGACUGCCAUUCCUGAACGCAGCCCUGAUAUCAGCAUCAGCGUCAUCACUGACACAGGACAGGUUACUCUGGAGGGGGAUUUGGGCCGAACCGCCCAAGUGGAGUGUGAUGACGAUGCAAGAUUACCUUCACCUUCCUCCUGUGGAGGUGCUGCAGGGGAAAGUGGUGUUCCUCCAGAUGUGGUCCAGCGUAGCCAUGCCCUGGCGUACCCAGACCUCACCAACUUCCUGUCAGUUGAGUCUCGCAUGCGCUCACAUGGCUCACGCUACAGUGAGAGUAAUUUCAGUAUGGACGAGCAAGAGCUCUCGCGUACAGAAUUUGACUCAUGCGAUCAGUACUCCACAGCUGCUGAGAAGGACUCGGGACGAUCAGACGUUUCAGAUGUUGGUUCAGACAAUGGCUCGUUGGCUGACGAUGAGCAGACGAUGCGCCCUGGUCCCGCCCAUCGUACAGUGCGCACCGCCGCACUUUCACUCAAGCUACUGAAGAACCAGGAAGCAGACCAGCAGAGUGCCCGUCUCUUUGUUAAGUCCCUGGUGGGAUUGUUACCACACCUUCUGGACCUGCACAGCCCUACUGAUGCGGAUGUCGCGCUACAAAACUUCUCCUCAACUUUCUGCUCGGGCCUCCAAAUAGGUGGGGUUCACUCUCCUGGCUUUGAAGGUAGUGAGAAUCUAAACUGCCAGGCUCUGAUGAAUGCAGACGGAUUGUAUUUGGUGUCCUACUAUGCCUUGCUACUUAACCUCAAACUGAGCACCUGUGGUUACUACCAAAGGAAACCCGCUCCUCCCAUUGUCACUCUGAAAGAGUUUGUGCAUCAGAUCCAGAGCAGUGGCGUUCUAGUCGUGCUCUCUCAGGCCUGGAUAGAGGAACUGUACCACCAAGUGUUAGAGAGGAACCUGCUAGGAGAGGCUGGAUACUGGGACUCCACUGAAGAGCACUCACUCCCUCUUAUCACCAUGCUCACAGAUAUUGAUGGACUUGGCAGCAGUGCCAUAGGAGGUCAGCUGAUCAGAAGAGCGUCAUCACAGUCGUCUUUUACAAGUGAUAAAAAAGACAAUAACACUGUGUUGGCAGGUGUAAUGUUCGCACGGUACAUCCUGAUUGGCUGCUGGAAGAACCUGAUUGACACACUGUCUACUCCUCUGACGGGCCGCAUGGCAGGAAGCUCGCGAGCUCUGGCCUUCAUCCUGGGUGCAGAAGGCGUUAAAGUGCAGAACCAAAGAGAGAGAGAAACCAUCUGCCUCAGUCUCGAUGGCCUGCGCAAGGCUGCCGCACUCAGCUGUGGUUUGGGUGUAGCUGCCAACUGUGCCUCAGCUGUAGCUCAGAUGGCAGCAGCUUCCUGUGUUCCAGAGGAGAAAGAGGAGAAGGAUCAAGCUGAAGCUGGAGACGCUAUUACUCAAGUUAAGCAUAGAAUGGAGCAGAAACUGGAGCAGAUGGGUCGGGGUCAGGGAGUGAAGCUGCACACUGCUCAUAUGCUCUGCAUGGAUGCCAUCCUCAACGUGGGUCUAGAGAUGGGCAGCCAUAAUCAUGAUUGCUGGCCACAUGUCUUCAGAGUGGUGGAGUACGUGAGCUCGCUAGAGCACAGCCACUUCAGUGAUGGGAGUUCUCAGGCUCCUAUGACCAUCACUCAGACUCAGCAGGCUUCGUCGGUAAUGGGAAAUCCAGAGCUGAGCGUAGAGUCUGUCUCUGAUCUGGAGCUGAACCUGAGUCACCCAGUCAUCCAGCCCACUUCCAUCCAGGAUCUGUUGCGUGAAAACAGCAACGCGAAAGGUUUCGAUCUGCGGGGCGGAAGUCUCCUGACAGGCAACAGUGCUGCUAAAGUUGUCUGCACACUCUCCACACAAGCAGAUAGAGUGUUUGAAGAUGCAGUGAGUAAACUUAACCUGGUGGGUCUGGUGGGUUUCCUGCACCAGCUGAGGAAAGCCUCACAAUCCCAGCUUUUCAACUCAGUCACAGAAACCGGGGACUAUUCCUUAGCUAUGCCGGGAGAGGCUAAGUCAACACAAGACAAGCGCAGCGCUCUUCACCUUUUCAGACUGGGCGAGGCCAUGCUUCAUAUCGUAAGGAACAAGAGUCGGCCCCUUCUGCACAUGAUGAGAGCCUGGAGUGUGGUGGCUCCUCAUCUGGUGGAGGCUGCAUGUCAUAAAGAACGGCAUGUGUCCCAGAAGGCUGUGUCGUUCAUCCAUGACGUCCUGAUCGAGGUGCUGAGCAGCUGGGCUGAGCUUCCACACUUCCACUUCAAUGAAGCGCUUUUCCGGCCCUUCGAGCACAUUAUGCAGCUGGAGCUCUGUGACGAGGACGUACAGGACCAGGUGAUCACAUCCAUCGGGGAGCUGGUGGAGCUGUGCUCUCCUCAGAUCCAGUCAGGAUGGAGGCCGCUCUUCAGCGCUCUGCGCACCGUGCAUGGGAGCAAGAACGACAUGAAGGACUAUCUGAUUGGAGAAUACUCUAUGGGCAAAUCCCACGCUCCGGUUUUUGACGUCUUUGAGGCUUUUAUUAACACAGACAACAUUCAGGUUUUUGCCAAUGCAGCAACUGACUACAUCAUGUGCCUUAUGAAGUUUGUAAAGGGAUUAGGAGAGGUGGAUUAUAAGGAGAUAGGUGAUUGUGUUCAUGCGAAUGGAUACAGCUCUACAGACCUGUGCCUUCCUGCCCUGGAUUAUCUAAGGAAGUGCUCACAGCUGCUGGCAAAAAUCUACAAAAUGCCUUCAAAGCCAGUGUUCCUGGGCGCGCGGCUGGCCAGUCUUCCCAUGAGAGCCCAGGAACGCUCAGUUAGCAGCGAAGACGGUAUUGACUGCGUUUUAGCCGAGUUCGAUGACGACACAGGUCUGAUCCAGGUGUGGAUUUUGCUGUUGGAGCAGCUCACCGCAGCCGUGUCUAACUGCCCUCGUCAGCACCAGCCACCCACACUCGAACUGUUGUUUGAGCUGCUCCGAGAAGUCACUAAAACUCCAGGCCCAGGCUUUGCCAUUUUCUCAGUCAUCCAGCUCCUUCUUCCCGUCAUGUCGCUGUGGUUGCAGCGAAGUCACGGAGAUUAUUCAUACUGGGACAUCGCAGCUGCAAACUUCAAGCACGCCAUUGGGCUUUCAUGCGAGCUGGUGGUGGAGCAUGUUCAAAGUUUUAUACAUUCAGAUAUGGGCUACGAGAAUCUUAUUAACCUGAUGCUGAAGGACUUAUUCAAGCUGCUGGUGGCUUGUGUGGCUGAACCUGCAGAGACCAUUUCCAGAGUUGGCUGUUCCUGUAUAAGAUAUGUUCUGGUGACAGCAGGGCCUGUCUUUACAGAGGAGAUGUGGAGGCUAGCUUGCUAUUCCCUGCAAGAUGCCUUCUCAGCUACACUUGAACCUGUCAAGAACCUGCUGGCGUGUUUCCGAAGUGGUUCUGACACAUUCACAGGGGACGCGUGCGAGGUGAAAGUAGCUGCCCCAACCAACUCUGCUUCCGCUGAAGCUGAGUACUGGAGGAUCCGUGCCAUGGCACAACAGGUCUUUAUGCUGGACACUCAGUGCUCUCCCAAGACUCCCAGUAGUAAGGAAGGAUUCGAGCAUGCGCAGUCAUGUGUGCUGAUCAUCGAACUUCCUGCAGACCAGCAGUCCAAUGGCCAUGUCCAGAAGAGGAUUCCGUUCAGGACGAUUGUGGUGAGCUUGCUGUCCCACCAGGUGCUGCUGCAGAACCUCUAUGACAUCCUGUUGGAGGAGUUUGUGAAAGGCUCCAGCAGCUCUGAGAGUCAGGACCGAUUAACACCUGUCUCAGAGCCCAAAGGCUCUGGUUUUCUACGCUACAUCUCCAUGCAAAACCUGGCCGUUAUCUUGGACCUCCUGCUCGAAUCUUACCGCACGGCCCGGGACUUUGACACACGUCCCGGCUUGAAAUAUCUACUUAUGAAGGUGUCGGGCGUGUGCGGUGCCGCCAACCUGUACCGCCAAUCUGCCAUGAGCUUCAAUAUCUACUUCCAGGCUCUGUUGUGUGCCUUGCUGACCAACCAGGAGCAAAUCACUGUGGAGCAGGUGAAGAAGAUCCUUAGUGAGGAGGAGGAGGAAGAGGAAGAUGAGGAGGGCAGCUCGGAUUCGUCACAAGCCUGCUCAUCUGAGGACGAGGACAUGUUUGAGGAGACGGCGCGUGUGAGUCCACCACGCCGGUGGCGUACGCGCCUGCCUGCUCUGAGCACCCAGCCUACCAGUGGGGCAGAUUGGGCGUGGCUGCUCAAACGCAUGCACAAACUCUGCAUGGACCUCUGCACAAACUACAUUCAGAUGCACCUAGACCUGGAAAACGGCAGCGAUGAGCCGCCUCCUAUCACUCGUCCCGACAGCAUGUUCUUUCUUCCACUCUUCCCCUCUGAGAGAUCCACCCCAUCAACAGGCGACCAUUCAAGCCGUGGGACGCCCUUGGAGGACACCCCUCGCCUUCACUUGCCCAACACACCCUCCUUUGAGGAGGAGGAGAGGAGGAGGAAGAAGGAGUGGUGGGAGAGUGCCAGCAACAAGCUUUACACCAUCGCCACUGACAAGACCAUCGCCAAGCUGAUGAUGGAGUACAAGAAACGCAAGCAGCAACAGCAACAGAACCAUGGUUCAAUGGCCAAGAAGGCAGGAGAAAGGAUGACACCAGAAUCGCCGGGGCCACAGAGACCUCAGCAACUCCUCGACCAGAGGACCAUGAGGCACUCUUUUAGCGCCGGACCAGAACUACUGCGUCAGGACAAGAGGCCACGCUCGGGUUCUACCGCCAGCUCGCAUAACAUCUCUCUCAGAGACUCUGAGGCUCAGAUACAAGCAUGGACCAACAUGGUCCUCACCAUCUUGAACCAGAUCCAGCUAUUGCCAGACGCCACUUUCGUGGCCCUGCAGCCAGCCAUGUUCCCCUGCUUCAGUCAGCUCACGUGUCACGUGACUGACCUCCGAGUGAGGCAAGCGGUGCGAGAGUGGCUGGGACGUGUAGGGCGUGUUUAUGACAUUAUCCUGUGAGGAGCUUGCUGCUUUCUUGUCCUUGUGAGCUGACUAAUUUACUUUUCUUCUUGGGAUUUGCUGACUGGGAUACUAAGGGUGUCUUUUAGCCUUUUCUUUUGCAUUCUGUGCUCUGUAUUGUGUGAACAUACAUAUCAAAGUGAUUUGCAGAACAAUUCCAUCGAAAACGUUUACCUUGUUUACUUAUAACACAGUGUUGACUUCUCCCAUUUGUAUUACUUUCGAUUCCUAGCCAAUUAUUUAUUGUCCGUCACUGAGCUUUAAUAUCUAUUUCCACUGAAUAUGAAACUGUGUUUACUUUAUGCACUUUUGUACCCUCCUUUAGUAAUGUGAGUUUAGUGCCACUGUUCCUGGCUUAUAGGCCACACAUAUCUAAAACUUCUUAAGUGUUUGGUCUAAUGUUCAACCUUACUCUCAAAGUGUUUAGAGCUGCAAAGGGAUUUUCUUGGUUUUCUUGCGACAACAUUCCGAUAUACAAUAAUAACGCAACAAUAAUCUAACAAUCAUUCAAAUUCCUUCCGCAAAAUCAACAUUAGUAUCCUGUAGCACACAUUUACAUUACUGCUCUUUACACAGCACCUAAAUGAUCUCCGAAACCCGACUGACCAGCUGUCUAAUGCACAAUUACUCUCUCUGUGCUUAUAUCUUACUCAAAGAUUAAACUAUGAUUUAUCCCGGGUUUACAGAGAAGUCAGAUUCGCCACACCGAUCAACCUGAUUAUCGCAAUCCUGCCUCACAGCAUCACUGACCGGUGAGGAUUUUACCUGAGCAUUUUAAUCUAUCGUUAGUACAAGACACCGCGUAUCCACUUUUGUAUUUAAACAUGAUCGUAUUUAAACUUUCUGCUCUUGGAGCAUAUAUUUGCUUCAUUAGUUUCUUCAAUGUAAAUUCAGUGGGCAGUAACCAUGAAGCUUUAACUUUGCUGGUUCUGAUGAUCAUCCAUUCCCAAAUCCCACUUACGUAUUAGUCUCGUAAUUUGUGUAUAAAGAUUUGUCAUGUUGUGUACGCAUCAAGGGGAUGAUUUUGUUCUGCUAUGCAUAAAAUACAGUACUGCUGUCAGACAAGACAGGGUUUUUUUUUGUUUUACCUUCGUGUAAUAUGCUUCAUGGUCAAAAGUAUGUGGACCAUCUGAGCACCACACUCAUAUGUGGUGCUGGGGAUACCUUUAAAUGUUCUAGCAUUACAUGUUCCCUUUAAUUGAACUAAGCUCCAUAAAGACCAAUGUUGACCAACGAGUCCUUGACCUCAACACAACCGAACAACUUUAGCCGACACUUUCGCUUCGACUUUUCAACUCCUCAGCCGACACCAGUCCCUGAUCUUACUAAUGAUCGUGUAGCUGAAGGAACACAAAGAUUCCCACAGAACAACUUCAAAAUCUAGUGGAAAGCAGGAAAAUACAUCUGGAAUGAUUUGCUCAACAAGCACGCGACGUCCAGGUGUACACGUACGAUUGGCCGUAUAUAGCUCACGUCACCUCUAGCUGCAAGAGCGCUAAUUAAAGCAGCAUCAAUUCAUCUUAAACACCCAUCUAACAUACUUUUAAAAACUACGCUGGAUUUGAAUGUAACUUUUUUUUUUUUAUGUAACUACUGCUGGUGAAAAUAACCAAAGACCCGUGUGGACAUGUUUUGAUACGAAGUGCUUAAAGGUUGUUCUUGUAAUGUUUCUACUAUCACUUACAGCCUUGAGAGUGGGAUGACUGGUGUGUUCUUAAAGGACCUGCGCACUUUCACUUUUCUUUCGAACACAAAUCACAUUUUCAGCCCCAUCACUCAAGUACUAUUCGAUCAGCACUUUUUUUUUUAAAUAAUAGACUUUUCGUUUUUAGCAGAAAACAGAACGACGAUGCAGGAUCUGUGGAGAUUUUGACGAUUUGGUAAGUACAUGUUAGAUUUAAAAAAAAAAAAGAAAGAAACAUUUUGACUAAAGCAAAAUAUGGUUACACCUUUUUUAUGUAUUUUCUAAAAAAAUGCCUUCUUCACUGCAAUCGACGGUAUAGUUUAUAACGGUUUCUAUAACGUCUAAAACGUCACACUACGGCCGUUGUUCUGUGGCUAGAAUACCCUGGUCUUCUAUUACGUUGCUUAGCAACCAGACCUUACUGUUAACAGACUACUUUUCAUUGUUUCUUGCAAAAUUCAUUAAGAAUAAUUGCAUAUUUGACACCAGAUUUGAUCGUAUUGUUUUUGUUAGUUUUAUAACAGAAUCGAAAUGUAUUAUAUACCGCUAUGACACUAAAACCGUGGCUCAGUGGCACUCCAGUGCUCGUGUAACUAUAAUGCUGCGCUGCAUAUUCUCCUGAUUAUGAGUCCUUUUGAUGUACUAAUGGCAUAACGUGUUUUUUUUCCCUUUCUUUCUUAAAGAGUCUAAAAAAAAAAGUUGCAUUAUUUAUUAAUACUUAUUUUAUGUGACAACAAACAGACUACUGCGGUAUCCUGUAUGUGUACAUGCUAAAUAUACAUUUGCCAAUGAUUUAUGUUGUAUGUGUUGUGGAAUAAAAAAGGUAACUAUGUAGUAAA